AUGCGCGCUUCUCUGAGCCUGGCGGCUCUAUACGCCGCGGCCACGGCCAGCGCCUUCCAGGGCUUCAACUACGGAUCUACCUUCACCGACGGUAAAGCAAAGGCUCAGUCAGACUUCGAAUCCGAAUUCAAGACCGCAGCUAGUCUCGAGGGCACCAAUGGCGCCUUCACCUCCGCUCGUCUUUACACCAUGGUCCAGGGAGGAAGCACUAACGACCCCAUCUCUGCCAUUCCAGCCGCCAUUUCCACAAAGACAACUCUUCUGCUCGGUCUGUGGGCCUCGGCCGGUGAUGCUGCUUUCGCCAACGAGCUUGAGGCUCUGAAGAAGACUGUCUCCCAGUACGGCAGUCAGCUUAAUGGCCUGGUUGCUGGUAUCUCUGUUGGCAGUGAGGACCUCUACCGCCACUCGCCCACCGGCAUUGCCAACGGCGAAUUCUCUGGCGCCGAGCCCAGCACUCUCGUCAAGUACUUUGAGCAAGUCCGAGAAGUCAUCAAGAACUCGCCUCUGAGCAGUGCUCCUAUCGGUCACGUCGACACCUGGACCGCCUGGGUUAAUGGCAGCAACAAGGCGGUCAUCGAUGCCUGCGACUGGAUUGGAAUGGACGCUUACCCCUACUUCGAGGACACCAAGCCCAACUCCAUUUCGGACGGCAAGGACCGCUGGGCCGAAGCUUUGGCUGCCACCCAGGGUGCUGUUGGUGGAAAGCCCGUUUGGGUUACUGAGACUGGUUGGCCCGUCAGCGGCAAGACUGUCGGCAGUGCCGUUCCAUCUCUCGAGAACGCAAAGAAGUUCUGGAAUGACGUCGGCUGCCCCAUGUUUGGUAAGACCAAUGUCUGGUGGUACACAUUCCAGGACUCUUCUCCAACAACACCCAAUCCCAGCUUCGGUGUCAUUGGCUCGACCUUGACCACCAAGCCUCUCUACGAUCUCUCAUGCGACAACGUCAGCUCUAGUUCGUCAGCAUCGGCCUCGGCCUCCUCCACAAACACUGCGUCUGCUAGUGCUUCUACCCAGGCCAGCAGCGCAGUAUCAGCAUCCGCGACUGCAACGGCCACUGCUACUGCUACCGGAGGCUCCGGCGGUGGCUCCGGCGGUGGUUCCAGCACCGGUCGCCCCGGUACUAAUGGAACCGUCAGCGUUCCAACAACGGGACCGACCGUUGUCCCCGGCAGCAGUGCAACCACGACGACCUUCAGCGUUGCUGUUCUGGCUGGUGCGAUUGCUCUCGCCAUGUUGUAA